AUGGCAGAGAUUGCAGUAAACUUGGUCAUCGGCAAGUUAAGGCCCUUGCUGUCUGAUGAGGCCAAACUAUUGCUGGGCGUACAUAAAGAAGUUGCAGAAAUCAAAGAUUCACUGGAGCAUAUUCGGGCUUUUACUAAGGAUGCAGAUGCAAUGGCAGCAAAAGAAGACAGGAGCAACAUUGUCAAACUCUGGGUGAAACAAGUGCAGGAAGUUGCUGAGCGUAUAGAAGAUGUCAUAGAAGAGUACAAAAUCCGCGUGGCACAGCUGCAACCUGAUCAACCGAGUAAAUCCAAAGGUUUCCUCAAAAAGGUUUCUCACCAGUUCAAAAGUCUCAAACAUCGGCGUGAGAUUACUUUAAAGAUUCAAAAUAUCAGAAAAUUACUCUUCCAAAUCAAGGGAAAAAAUGAUAGAUUCAAAUUCAAAGAGCAAGGAUCGAGCAGCAACACAAAAGAAGUUACAUGGCAUGACCCUCGACUGGCGGCCCAUUUCAUUGGGGAAGCUGAAGUUGUGGGCAUUAAUGACUCUAUAGAAGACGUGACAGCUUUGUUGGUGAAGGGCACAUCUAAACUCGCCACAAUUUCAGUCAUAGGCAUGGGCGGUAUUGGCAAGACCACUCUUGCCAAGAAAGCUUUUGACAACCCUAGAGUGAAAGAACAUUUUGACUGUCGUAUUUGGAUCACGGUAUCUCAAUCAUACAACAUGGAGGGGCUGCUGAAAGAGAUGAUAAGGCAAUACUAUAAAGCAAUGGGGCAGACAGCACCUGAGGAGAUCAACACCUUCAAUGUGAUAUCACUCGUCUUCAAACUGAGGGAAAGUCUACAAAAUAAAAGGUGUGUUGUUGUUUUUGAUGAUGUAUGCGAUGAAGAGUUUUGGGGAUCUAUAAUGCAUGUAUUUGAUGAUGAUGACAAGGGCACUAGAAUAAUAACCACAACACGUUAUUAUGAUGUUUUUACCUCAUGCAGAAAGUUUUCAAUUGUUUUUAUUCACGAAAUGCAACCUUUACCUCCUGAGAAGGCCAUGGAACUAUUUUGCAAUAAAGCAUUUAAGCACUCUGUCUUUGAGUGGAAUUGUCCCCCAGAACUAGAGGAACUGUCUUUUGACAUUGUUGAAAGAUGCCAAGGAUUGCCUCUUGCCAUUGUUGUGAUAGGCGGUCUACUGUCAAUCAAAGAAAUGAUUGUCUCUGAAUGGACAAGUUUUCUUGAUAAUCUCAGUUUUGAGCUAGACAGUGAUCCCCAUCUUGCAAAUAUUAAAAAAAUCUUGUCCUAUGGUUAUCACGAUCUGCCUUAUUACCUCAAAUCAUGUUUCUUAUAUUUUGGCAUGUAUCCUGAGGACUAUUCUAUAAGAUGUUCAAGAUUGAUUAAACAAUGGAUAGCUGAGGGUUUUGUAAAGGAAGAUGAGAAAGGUAAUACAUUGGAGGAGAUAGCAAAUGAAUACUUAUCUGAGCUCAUCCAUAGAAGCUUGGUUCAAGUUUCAAGUGUAAGUGUUGAUGGGAAAGCUAAACAUUGCCAUAUUCAUGAUUUGUUGCAUGAGUUCAUCCUUUCAAAAACUGCAGAGUUAAAUUUCUGUCAAGUUUUGGGGAAAAAGGACUCGAGUUUCUAUGGGAGAUGUCAGCGCUUGUCAAUUAACCAUUCCACUGAUAAUGUAUUGAACGCCAAUGAGAAGUCACAAAUUUGGGAUGAUCUUAGUUAUGGAAAAAGCAAAAAUAUGCGAAGAUAUAGGUAUCCCCUCUCCUUUCUUUUCAUUGACACUCAAAUGGGAAAUCAACCUGGAGAACUUGUAGGGAAGUUUCUUCAUCGUGGCAUUGCAAAUGGGCACCUUUUAAGGUUACAGAUUCUAGAUCUUGAACAUGUAUACAAACCUCAAUUGCCUGAAAAUUUAGGAGAUUUAACUCAUCUGAUUUAUCUAAGCCUGAGGUGGACUUUGCUAGAGAUCAUCCCAUCUUCAAUUGGCAAAUUACUUAACCUCCAAACUCUGGAUCUGAAGCAUACUAAUAUGAAGGCUCUUCCCAGUUCAAUACAGAAACUGCAGAAACUUAAGCACAUAUACAUAACCGGAAGUACAAUUCGACCUCAACUAGCCAUGCAGUAUCUCCAAAGUUUGAAGAAUCUCCAUACAUUGAAGGGGUUAUUUCUAGAAAGUUACCCUGAUCUAAGCAUCGGCCUGGACCAAGCUCCUUCAAAUCAAAGAAAAAGCAAGGGCCUAUACGAGGGCCUGGGCAUGUUGAUCAACCUUAGAGAAUUGGAGAUAGAACUUGAGCUUAUCCCAUCACAGCUAGAGAUUGUGAUAAAGCAUGUUAUAAAAUUGAAGCACCUUCAGUCUUUGAAGUUGACAUCAUAUUCUGCAACUGAAUCUUUUGGGCAUCUAAAGUUGGAGUCUUUUUCAGGACUUGAAAAUCUUUCCCGACUAGAGUUAUCUGGAAUCGCUGUAUCUCAAUGA